AUGGAGAGGAGCAAUUCAGUAGAGAAUCUAAUUGUUCCAGGAUGUAAGUUAGCCAAGGAUGAGGCUGAAGCUAGAGUUGAUGCCACACAGUAUAAACAGAUGAUUGUGAGCUUGAUGGACCUAACUGCUACAAGACUUGAUCUAAUGUAUAUGGUGAGUUUGGCGGGUAGGUACAUGGAGAAACCCACCGAGUUGCAUAUGCAGGCUGUUAAAAGAAUCUUGAGGUACUUGAAGGGAACUACUGAGCUAAGGGUAUGCUACAAGAAAGGAGGAGAAAUUGGGAAGCUGGUGGCUUUCUUGGACAAUGACUAUGCAGGGGACGUAGAUGAUCGAAUGAGCAAAUCAGGUUAUGUGUUUCUAAUGAGCAUAGGAGCUGUGUCAUGGUCCUCAAAGAAACAACCUGUUGUUACACUGUUGACUACCGAGGCUGAGUUCAUUGCGGCAGCUUCUUGUGCAUGCCAUGAAGCUGAUGCAACAUCUGGUAUCGCUGUGCACAAAGAGUGCAAGUUGAAGUUUCUGGAGCUCAAGACAAAGAGGACCUACCGUUAA